GAGACACUUCUAGAGAAACAGAAAGACAAAGUGAGAAGACAUAGAAAGGAGGAACAUUAGCUUAAGGACUGUAUGGAGAAUAACGCAAUAUUGGCUAAAAGUUUUAGCCGGAAGGAGCAAAAGAAAUUGAGUUACGGAGCUUUGCUUGCGUUUUUUGUCUUUCUGCUUACUUGUUUCACUGUCUUUAAGCCAUCUUUCUCCCAUCUCCCAAUUUUGAAUUCGAGGCUGUCGAUAAAUGCCGCCAGGCCAAGAAUGUUGCAGAUUGAUGAGAAUAUAAUCAGCAGAAGUCCCCGUCAAAUAUUAAAUACCAAAAUGAAGCUGCAGGCUGAAACCAACAGGCCAGCGUGCAAUAUAUUGGAACCACGGUCAGAUUAUUGUGAUAUUGAAGGAGAUAUAAGAAUUCACGGGAAACGAUCAACCGUCCUUUUUACUUCACCUCGGUACGAUAAUAUGGACUUGAAUGAAUCAUGGAGAAUCAGACCUUAUGCUCGAAAAGGAGAUAAAGCUGCAAUGACAUCCACUACAGAAUUAUCAGUGGAAUCCUUGGUCGGAAAUGACAGAAGAAUAAACUCUGUUUGCAGCUAUACUCAUGGUGUUCCCGCAAUUAUUUUCUCCCUUGGAGGUUAUGCCGGGAACCAAUUCCAUGAUUUUACAGAUAUACUUGUUCCGCUUUUUAUUACUUCCUAUCAAUUUCACCAACAAGUUCAAUUACUUGUCAAGGAUUUCAAACCUUAUUGGAUUGCGAAAUAUAGGCCAAUUCUAAAACAGCUAUCUAAAUACCCUAUCAUCAACAUGGACAAUGAAAACAAUGUCCAUUGUUAUGGUAGAGUUAUCGUCGGUCUCAAACAUCACAAGGAGUUUGGUGUUGAUCCUUUCAAGUCUCCGAAAGGCUAUUCGGUGACAGAUUUCACUCAGUUCUUGAGAAAAGCUUACUCUCUGAAUAGAUCAACAGCCAUAACAAUCAAUGAAGGUCAAAAUGCAACCAAGAAACCGAGGCUCCUAAUUGUUUCACGUAAAGGUACUCGAAAAUUCACAAACGAAGAAGAAAUAGCUAAUAUGGCUUCAAGCAUGGGAUAUGAAGUAGUUGUAGCAGAACCGGGGGUAACAACUACGCCGUCAGAAUUCGCCCGUACAGUGAAUUCUUGUGAUGUAAUGAUGGGUGUCCACGGUGCCGGUUUAACAAAUCUUGCAUUCCUUCCAACUAACGCAGUAGUGAUUCAAAUUAUUCCUUUGGGUGGAUUGGAAUGGCUUUCAAGGCAUGAUUUUGGGGAGCCAGCAGUAGAAAUGAAAUUGAGAUACUUGGAGUAUAAGAUAAGGGAAGAAGAAAGUAGUUUAAUGGAAGUAUACCCGCGCAAUCAUGUUGUCUUUAGGGACCCAACCUCAUUUGCAAAACUAGGGUGGGAAGCAGUUAAAUCUGUUUAUCUAGAGAAACAAAAUGUAAAGCUUGAUGUUGCUAGUUUUAGGGUUACUUUGGUAGAAGCGCUUAAGCUUCUCCAUUCAUAGAAACAGAGAAAUGUAAAAAUUACUUCACUUUAAUGUUUUGUACAUGGUGGCACAACAGGGACAUUUUGAAGUAGUAUGUAAUUUGCAAUAAUGAAAAGAAGGGAUCUCAUAAGAAGAAAAUAAUAACGCCACAAAUUUUAGGAAUUGCGCAUGCAAAAGUUGCCACCACUUGCCGUGAGUGUAAUGCAAACUUUACUGCAAGGGAGAAGAGGAAAAUUCCCAUCAAUGCAAAAAAGGGAGUAAGUGGCGUGUUGUUUAUAAUGGACCCCCGCAGGAUAUUCUCAAAGUAUCAACCACAAUAGUAUUGAGUGUUCAACGUCAGCCCCACGUUGAGAGUAAUGUUAAAAUAGCCGAUUCUUGAAAGUGAUGGAAAAGUUGAGAGUUGAAAAAAUAUAUCUUUUCCUUAAGCUGGGGCUGCCACUGAUUUACAGAUCGCGAAAGGUGAUAGAUGGUUUAUGUACAACUUGGAUGGAUAUCCAU